UUCGUUUCUUUCUGCUUUCCCCAUCCAAUCCCGCACCUGUCCGUAUGUAUUGGUAUUACCGUUACGAAGUGUUACUGACCACUAGCCGUUGCCCAGAUCACCACAGCUGAAGUUCGCAGCAGCUCGAUGCCUUCUUCCAGCCUUCUCCUAGCCUUCUCCUGUCUAGGACAUGGAAUUUUUCCUGAAUAUUGGUGUUAUUCUAUACAAGGCAGACAAUCAUCUACACAACGGCUAUUGCAUACUUUUCUUCAUCGAAAAAAAAGUAUAACACUACCUCCUCUAUCUCCAUCGAUCUCUCCUGCAUCUGGACCGGGGAGGCUCCGUUCCAUGACCGAACUGUUUAGUUCGAUACAGGUAAUGACCGUCUCCAGACAUCAUCGCCUUUCGAUCGGGAACGGAGAGAGCAACUGACUGUGACUGACGGACUCUUCGGGUUUUUAUGGAGAUUACCGCCAACUCUGUCCCCCGGUUCUCCCAUCAUCCAUCACGCUCUCCAAAAUCUCACAAAACAGGACACUUCAUCGUACACCUGAUCAUGAGGGGGAAGGAU